AGAUUCAACUCGCCCGUCUAACAGUUGAGGUUAUCUCAGAAAUUUAGGUCAAAAAAAGGCGAAAAUCAUCGCAUCUCGUCGAAAAUCGCGGGUGUGGAUCUAUUAAAAUCGCGUCGUGUGGCUAAAAUGCGUCCGCCGCGGUCCCCUAAACCAUCGUAGCGCAUCAUUCCGGUGCGGUUACUUGUAUUCAUUCAGAAAGUGGGGCUUAUGAAGUAUCUAUUUCUGGAUUGACCGAUAUGGAAGAAGAUCUGGAGACCAGACUCAGUUGGUCGGAGCUGAAAGGAAUCGUAGGGGAUCUAAGGAGACAACUUUCAGGUUUAUCCACGAUGAUUCCUUCUUACAUAUCGUUCAGACCAUUACCAGACGGACGAACAAGAAUCUAUUUUCUGAGUACCCCCCAAAACGGUUGGGAAACCACAUUACUAUACGCCGAUGUUUCGCCUGGUCAAAACUCCCCAGCUAAAUUAAUUUGGCAUUCUGUGUUGGAAUCAAAUUUUCCGAGUGCUAAUAAAUGUAGUAGAGAGGAACAAUUACAAUUUGAAAGGCGUAGGUUAGCUACGUGGGGGAUAAAUUCGUAUGAAAUUCAUGAGAAAUCUGGGAAAAUCGUUUUUCCCGCAUCUGGAGCUUUAUUUCAAUGCAUUGAUAGUGGAUAUUUAUCAGGACCAUUGUUUCCUACUAAACUUCGAAUAACCGCUCACGGAGCCAAAUUAAAUCCAUUAAUAUGCCCUUGGGAUCCCGAUGUGGUCGCGUACAUUUGUAACCAUGAUAUUUGGGUAUCUCAUACUGUUUCUGGUUGUACCGUACGGCUUACUUAUGCUCAUAAGGGAAGUAGAUCUUUGGAAGAUGAUCCGUUAUCAGCUGGUGUUCCAUCUUAUGUUAUGCAAGAAGAGUUUUCAAGAUAUCAAGGAUACUGGUGGCAACCAAAAAGUACAGAUGGAAUAUUUCGAAUUUUAUACGAAGAGGUCGACGACGGCGACGUAAAACUAUUCUGUUUCCCAAGUUCGCAAGGAGACGCUUCGGACGUCGAAGAAUUUCGCUUCCCGCGAGCCGGAUGUGCCAAUUCUAAAUCGUAUUUAAAAAUGAUCGAAUUCAAAGUUAGCGAAACGAAACAAAUCGACGAUGUGUGCAUGUUAGAACUUCAAUUCUCCUUAUCCGUACUGUUUCCAUGGAUGGAAUACGUCGUAAGAGCUGGAUGGACCCCCGACGCCAAUCACAUUUGGGUUCAACUUUUAGAUCGACGUCAACAACGUUUAGAAAUUGUUCUUUUAUCACUUAGUAAUUUCACGGAAGUUUUGCCAAUGUACGAUGACUCAUCCGGUAGUACGGAAGCGGGAAGUCCUUUGGUUCAAGUACUUUAUUGUCAAGAAUCGAACGUUUGGGUGAAUAUUCACGAUUUAUUACGGUUUUUACCAAGUCAGGAACCGCACGAAGUCAAAUUUAUUUGGGCGUCUCAAGAUACCGGAUUUAGACACUUGUAUUUGGUGACUGCUCAGAUUUUAAUGGAAGCGCCGGAAACGUCGGAGUGUUUGUUUUUGCAGCCCAGGAUUAUUAGUAAUAUUGCGUUAACGCAAGGAAAUUGGGAGGUUUUAUCCAGGGAUAUUUGGGUUGAUGAAAAACGGCAGUUGGUUUAUUUUAUGGGAUUAAGAGAAACUCCGUUGGAAAAACAUUUGUAUGUUGUUUCGUUGAAGAGGCCAGGGGAGGUUAGAUUAUUAACCAGACCUGGGUAUUCUUAUGUUGUUGAUUUUAAUGAGGAUUGUUCAAUACUAGUAACAACAUACUCAAGCAUCCAAAACACCCCAGCUUGCCAAGUUUUUCGAAUAACAAACUCCGAUUGGACCGUAGAAGGAAUCACCUUAAUCCCGCUCGGUUACUUAUUAGAAGCAGCCCCAUUGCCAUCAUCUUGUUACUGCCCCGAACUCUACACCCACCAAAUCAACGCGGGACCCACCCUAUACGCCAUGGUAUUCCGCCCCCACGAUUACAUCCCCGGCCAAAAAUACCCAACCGUUUUAAACGUUUACGGCGGCCCCGAAGUCCAACUCGUUUCAAACACUUUCAAAGGAAUGCGACAACUCCGUAUGCAUAUGUUGGCAGCGCGGGGUUAUUGCGUCGUAGCGAUUGAUUCGAGGGGGUCUCAACAUCGCGGACUCGGCUGGGAAGGGCACUUAAAAGGUAGGAUGGGAACGGUGGAGCUUGAAGAUCAAGUGGAGGUGCUUAAAUGGUUGGCGGAAUCGUUGAAAUGUAUCGAUAUGGAUAGGAUUGCGAUUCAUGGGUGGUCUUAUGGAGGUUAUUUGAGUUUGAUGGGGUUGGCGCAUUACGCGGAUGUUUUUAAGAUUGCCAUAGCGGGGGCUCCUGUUACGAAUUGGAGUUUGUAUGAUACUGGAUAUACGGAGAGGUAUAUGGAUUUACCGGAUCAGAAUCCGCAAGGUUAUUUAGAAGGAUCCGUUUUAAAUUAUGUGAAUAAAUUUCCUGAGCAGGAAAAUCGUUUAUUAAUCAUACAUGGUUUGAUCGAUGAGAACGUCCAUUUUUAUCAUAGCAGUCAGUUAAUAAGCGCGCUAGUUAAAGCGGGAAAACCGUACUCAUUACAAGUAUAUCCUAACGAAAGGCAUUCGUUGCGACAUUUAGACGCGAGUAAACACUAUGAGACUACCCUCUUGUCUUUCCUUCAAAACCAUUUAUAGUGACCCAUCCUAAUAAUUGUCUCACUUAAAAUUGUAAAUACUACUACUAAUAAUAUUUAAUGUAAAUUCGAGGCUGAACAGAAAAAAAGAAAAAAAAGUUAAUAAAAUAACCUCGAUGACGACGACGACGACGACCCUUAAUUAGCGUAGUAAUUUAUAUCGGCGUGACCUUUACAUUUACUUAAUAACAAAAAUAAUUGUCGUUUAAGGUUUUCGCCCACUUUUUAUUAAUUGUUAUAUACGCGCAGGAUUGAUGAUUGAUUGAAUUGAAUUAUUGUCAUGUCUUUUUUUAUCUAAUUAAUUUUAUCCUGUCUUAUCGUGCAAAGAACUCAAAUAAAAAAUGAUUAUUAAAGAUUAUAUAUAUAUACAGAGAAUAUGUAACAUAGUAAUAAACGAUUUA